UUACCUUAGCUGAAGAUGUCAAACAAGAGACAAAGCAUCGCUCAAACUCCCAGGACUGCUAUAGGGGAAUACCUAGAUGCCUCAAGGACCCAUUCACAGAAAGUCAUCAGAAACAGACAUGAAGGUCUUAUAAGGACCCCUGAGCCUUUGCCAAGGCCGAGGCAUGCUCGAGUGUCUAGCCUGCGUGGUGAAAGACGACGGACGUCCCUGUCUACAAGUGUCGACGUUGAGGACACUCCAAGACAUCUGAUUGAGGGUUUUCUCCAAGAGGAGCACAGUACAGCCCCCCUGGUGAGGGUCCAACGCCGUACCUCCCAGACUGGUGUGUCGACCAGUCAGCCUCCCCGUCUAGAUGUUGGUUCACCGAGGGUUGGGUCCCGUGCCAACAUGUCCAUGGGUUUUGAUAAUGACACCCCGAGGACACUGCUUCAGAAUUUCAUGAGAAACACUUCAUCGUCUAUGGAAACACCCCAGCUGUUAAGAAAGGAUGUGUCACAAGAACGUUCAUCUGGCCCGAGCUCUCCCGACAUACAGCCCCUCGUCAAUGAUACAUACCACACACCAAGCCCAUUUCGUGAGAGCUCAGAAGGUUCAAUGAUAAGCAGGUCGUCUCGGAGAGGAAGGACACCUCACAGGACAGGAAAAUUCAACAUCACCGCCCAAGAGCAGAAUUCUUCCCUGGUGAUUCCAGCCACCAACCCUAACGACUACACAGUACCGAGGUGA